AUGACGACCGCGUACUCCGCGAUGAUGACCCCCGGGAUGGAGUCCGCGCUCGAGCCCGCGCUGAAGCUCCUCGCGGACCACCUGAUCGCGCUGGACAAGCGUCUGCACGACGCGCGACCGUCGUACGUCGUCAUCGGCGCGGGCGUCUCCGCGACGGUCGCGAUCCAGGCGUUCUACUACCUCCUCGACCUCCGCAAGAGGUGCCGGACGAAGGGCGCGCUGUGGCUCUUCUUCGAGUCCGUCAAGGCGCUGCCGAUCGUUAAAGGUCUCAUCGCGGCGGAGCGAGGGAAGAUGAUCGCGGAGAUGGACGCCGACAUGUCCAAGAAGCUCGCGAAGGAGCCGCCUCGCCUCACCUCCCUCCCCGCGAAGGGCAUGUCCGUGGACGCGGUCCUCGUCGAGGCGGCGCAGAGGAAGCGAAAAGACCUGGAGUGGACCCCGACCGGGUCGCUCAUGUCCGGCGCCGUGUACAUGGCGGACGACGCGCACUUCAAGAUGCUCUCCUCCGUGUACUCGUCCUUCGCGCAUUCGAACCCGCUGCACGGCGACGCGUUCCCCGCGGUCGUGCGCAUGGAGAACGAGGUCGUCAACAUGACCGCGACGAUGCUAGGGUGCUCGCCCGGCGGACCGAACCCGAACGUGUGCGGCCUCAUGACGAGCGGCGGGACCGAGAGCAUCCUCACCGCGAUUCGCGCGACGCGGGAUUACUCGCGCGACGUCCGGGGGAUCAAGGCGCCGGAGAUGAUCGUCGCGAUCAGCGCGCACGCGGCGGUGUACAAGGCCGCGGACUACUUCGGCAUCGAGCUCGUGCGCGUGGGCGUGGACGAGAACUUCAGGAUGGAUAUCAACGCGGUGCGACGCGCGGUGAACGGCAACACGAUUUUGAUAUACGCGUCCACUCCCGGGUACCCGCACGGCGCCGUGGACGACAUCCAGGCGCUCGCGGCGAUCGCGAAGCGCAGGAAGUGCUGCCUGCACGUCGACGCGUGCCUCGGCGGGUUCGUGCUCCCGUUCGCGUCGUCGAUCAAGCCGUUCGAUUUCCGCGUGGACGGCGUCACGUCGAUGUCGGUGGACACGCACAAGUACGGCCUCGCGCAGAAGGGGUCCUCGGUGGUGCUGUAUAACUCCGCGGCGCUGCGUCAGUACCAGUACACCGCGGUCAUGGACUGGUCCGGCGGGCUGUACAUAUCGCCGUCGCAGGCGGGGAGCCGCAGCGGCGGGCUCAUCGCGCAGACGUGGGCGGCGUUGAUGCGCAUGGGGAGGGAAGGGUACCAACGCGUCGCGGACGACGUCAUCGCGGGCGCGAACGAGCUCCGCGCGGGUCUGUCCGAGAUCGACGGCCUGAAGGUCCUCGGCGAGGACGUCUCCAUGGUCGUCGCGUGGGGCAGCUCCGACCCGAGCUUAAACAUCUACACCGUGAACGACGUCAUGGUGAAGAAAGGGUGGCAUCUCAGCGUGUUGCAGGCGCCGCCGGCGUUGCACAUGUGUCUCACGUCGGCGAACGUCGCGAGCGUGCGCCAGCUGUGCGUCGACCUCGCGAUCGCGGUGAAGGAGACGAGGGCGCUCGGGAAGGGGAAGGUGGACGGCGGCAAGGCGCCCAUCUACGGGCUCGCGGGCGGGCUCCCGGACCGCGGCACCGUCGGGGACAUCCUCAAGGACGUCCAGGAUCUCAUGUUGAAGCACGUGUGA